AUGCCAGCGCUCCUGGUAGACACAAAUGCGCGGCCUGCGUCCUCGAGCGACGCUUCGUCCGCCUCUGAGCGUUCUCGCAGGCGGUCUGAGUCUGCGUCGCCGAACCGCCCGCCCGUGUCACCCAUCACGCCCAGAGCUUCCGUGGCCCAACUCGCGACUGUUGAGCGCACAGAAGAACCCCGCCCGGCCCCCCCACCAGUCGCGACCUUCACACAGCAGCCCGCCUCGGUAGCCAUAUCCGAGAGCGACAAUCCAGAUGUCAUAGCCCUGCGCUCCGCCAUCUCGCUCCUGCAGCUGCAGCGCGAGAAGAGCAAGCGCGACCUGAAGGCCCUGGCCGAGCUCAAGACCGUUGCCGUUGCAGACCCCCAGGGCUUUGUCCAGUCGAUACAGCAGAACCGCGCGCAGGCAGCACAGUCAUACAACGACAUACUCACACCCACGCUUGCCGGCCUGGCCGACUCGGUGUCUGCCGCCCAAGGGAAUGCAAAUGCAAAUGCUGGACCAGACACGCGCAAGGACUCUGCAGACGUAGGAGCACCUGCAGCCGGCGCUCCCAAAUUCCCCGCCAUACCACAGGCCCAGAACAUCGUUCGCUGUCCGCCGAUCAACUGGGAGAAGUACCACAUCGUGGGAGAGCCGCUGGACAAGCUGCAUGAAGAGCAGAAGAAGUGGCCGGGACAGCCUGAACCGCCGCGUACACAAGCUGGAGCAAGGGCACCACCACACUCCAUCGCUGCCCCAUACUCGCCGCGUUCACCGACGGUAUAGCAAGAAAGCCAUCAGCAUCGCACCCGCCGUCAAAGAGCUCCAAGAAGUCGCCCGCUCAUGGUCCAUAGAGAUGAGCAUGAGCCGCUCGAAUGUACAGGCCAGUAUAUCCAUCUCUGCACCUUGUUUCCAUUAUCCAUCCACUCAAAAGCAUAAGAGCACAGCAUGCUCGUCAUCAUGAAAACCACCGUCACGAUAGAUACGCCUCAUGAAUAGACGAAGGGAGGAGUACGUGCUAGAUCCACUCGCAUUUGCAAUAGACUUUGUAUUCU